CUUUCUCAUAUCUGGUACUAUCCAUUUCACUUUUAACGCUUCUUAAUAGGGCCUGUGAUCUUGGUUUCUCGGUACUUUAAUGUCAAAUGUUGGGGUUUCCUGUCUUUUUGCAAUUUUUUCUUUCUUGAAAUGAUAUGUUGAGAGAAAGAGAGAGAGUUUCGGGAACAAUAAUUGAGAGCUACUGUGUAAGAGCUUAGGUGGAAAGUUCCAAGUUGGUUGCCAGCUUGAGCUAAGUCCUAAUAAUUGGGAGAUGUUGCUUCCAAGAAUCAAAUUGGAGAUUUGAACUGAAAUUUUUGGUCUUCAACUCCUAGUAAUCCCAUUGAUUCUCUAUUUUCUUAGAAAGAGCUGUGUUCUGUUCCAAGCAGCUGCUUUUGAAGACCUAAAAUGGCAAAUGAUCUUGGAUUACCAUUUUACAUCACCAUAUGCUGCAUCGCCUUUAUCAUUUCGAAGAUAAUUCUCAUGUUUCUCCUUUAUAAGCGGUGGAAAAGAAAGAAAAUGAUUUACGAGGGAGGUUUCUCAGGUGGGAAAAUGGUGUUCAGGUCUCCAUUAUUGCAAUCUCUAACAUCAGAUGUGUUCUUGAAGAAAACAUUAAAGCUAAGCAAUAAAGACAUAGUUGGUACCGGAGGGUAUGGUACCGUUUACAGGUUAACGGUAAACAAGACCACAGCGUUCGCCGUGAAAAGACUAAAGAGAGGAACUGCGGAUAGAGAGAGAGGUUUCGAGAGAGAACUGGAAGCAAUGGGGGAUAUCAAGCACCGCAACAUCGUAACACUUCAUGGAUAUUGCACCACUCCUCACUACAAUCUUCUUAUAUAUGAACUAAUGCCUAAUGGAAGCUUGGAUUCUUUUCUCCAUGAAAAAUCAAUGGAAAGCAAGGUUUUGGAUUGGCCAACAAGAUGUAAAAUAGCAUUAGGUGCUGCAAGAGGAAUAGCAUACCUUCACCAUGAUUGUAUCCCUCAUAUCAUCCAUAGAGAUAUCAAGUCGAGCAAUAUAUUACUCGACCACAACAUGGAGGCACGAGUCUCAGAUUUCGGACUCGCUACGUUGAUGGAGCCAGACAAGACUCAUGUUUCAACAUUUGUUGCUGGAACUUUUGGAUAUUUAGCCCCAGAAUAUUUUGAAACGGGAAGAGCAACAAUAAAGGGAGAUGUUUACAGCUUUGGAGUCGUUUUGCUGGAGAUUUUAACAGGAAAGAAACCGACGGAUGAGGCAUUUCUUGAAGAGGGAACAAAGCUUGUUACAUGGGUAAAGGUAGUUGUCGAAGAAAGGACAGAAGAAUAUGUAGUUGACAGUAGCUUAGGUUGUUCUUGUCCUAUGGAUGAGAUCAACAAAACACUCAACGUAGCAUUGCUGUGCCUCGAAACAGAUCCGUCAAAGAGGCCUACAAUGGCCGAAGUUGUAAGGAUGCUGGAGCAGAUAAAAGUCAGAGAAAGCUCUAACGGAUGCUUAAUGUAAUGCUUAGUCUAAUCAUCAAAAACACUUGUACAGAACAUUUUCAUCAUGUUUGAUUCAAUAACCAUGAAAAUGUUAAGUUACACAAGAUCCGAGCUUUAUUCAUUAAAGUUGAAAACUCGAGGAAACUACCUCAUUGUAUUUACUUGAGAAAGGCGGCCAGCCCACCGGCAACUGAUGUCUUCAAUGAAGGAGAAACCGAAGAAUCUCCGAAAAAUA